CCGCGCAAGCAACGCAAAAGUUUUAAACCGUAUCCACGAUGGGCUUCAUUUCGGAUCGCUUUGACCUGGAGAAGCAGGUGACGUUCUACCUCUCGUACCACGACAACAAAAUCAACCAGUACAUCCACUUGGCCUGCAUCUGGCCCAUCUUCGUGUCGGGACUCAUAAUCCUCGCGCACACGCAGCCGCUAGUCGAGACGCCAGCGCUGCUGACGUCGCUUCCUUACGGCGAGUUCAUCCUGCUAAACUACUCGGCCGUCAUCGCAGGCAUCUACAUGCUCUGGUACAUGGCUCUGGACAUUUACGCCGGCACAUUGGGAGCCACCAUCAUCUCCGUCUGCUUCGUAUUUGCCAACUAUUUCGUUGUCGAGGGCGCCAAGGCCAUGGACGUGCACAGUAUGCACGUGGCCUUGGCCAUCCAAGCCACGGCCUGGAUCCUGCAGUUCAUUGGCCACGGCGUCUUCGAGCGUCGCAAACCGGCGCUCUUCGACAGCCCGGACCAGGCUCUGAUCACCGCUCCGAUGUUCGUGCUGCUCGAGAUUUUGUUCCCACUCGGUUACCGUCCGGAACUCUACAAGCGCGUGAUGAAGCAGGCUCGGAUCAAUGUCAAGACCUUCCAGGCUACAAAGACGCUUUGAGGUUGAGAAAAAGCGAUCUAGGUUUUAUAUAAAAAAAGUAAGUCUGUUCAUCAGA